AUCUGGCUUUUUCAGAUGGUUUGUCAAGAGGGUUGGCAAUAUUGUUCUGUGAGUGGUACGACAAUUAGUUGAACUAUUGUUUGACAGAUCAAGAAAAGAUUUUGAAGUAUUAAAAUGGCGAGUGACACCAGAAAGAAGUUAGUUAUAGUGGGUGAUGGCGAAUGUGGUAAAACAUGUCUAUUAAUCGUCUUCUGUAGAGAUGUGUUCCCAGAAUUUUAUGUACCAACUAUCUUUGAGAACUACGUUGCUGAUAUUGAAGUGGACAACAGAUCGGUGCAGUUGGCAUUAUGGGAUACAUCUGGACAGGAAGCUUAUGAUCGGUUACGUCCCUUGUCUUAUCCAGAUACUGACGUCAUACUCAUGUGUUUUUCUAUUCACAAUCCAGACAGUUUGGAAAAUAUUUCAGAAAAAUGGAACCCGGAAGUUCAACAUUUCUGUCCAAACGUUCCAUUUAUUUUAGUAGGAAACAAAAAAGAUUUAAGAAAUGAUCCAGCAACCAGUAAAGAAUUAUCCGAACCAAAGUUCAAACCCGUUUCCACAAACGAGGGCCUUGCGAUGGCAGAAAAAAUUCACGCUUUUUCAUAUCUGGAAUGCUCAGCGCGAACCAAGGAAGGAGUAAGAGAAGUCUUUGAAACAGCAACCCGUGCAGCUUUACAAAAGAAAAAAUCCAAAGGACGACGAAAAUUUUGCAAAGUUUUGUAAAAAGUGAUACACAAUUUCAAUUUCUAAAAGAAAGACGUUUAGAGGCUUCUGUGGGGAAAGUCAUUAACAAUAUCUCACUGAGUUUAUCCAUGUUUUCAUGAUAAUAAUAUAAAGCUCAAUACUGGGAUAGGAGACAAGUCGACACCAAUUUGUCUGGGAUUUUUUUAAUCUAAGAAUUCCAGGUGCUAUUUUUGUUACAUAGGAGUAGAAAUGAAAGUUUGAAAUGAAAGUUUGCAAUCUACCAUAUUUUUAAUCAUGAGUGUUUCUGUGAGGAGUUUAAUUUGUGUAUUUACAAAACCAUUUUGAAUUAUUUAUUUUCUCCUCAAUAAUUCCGGUGUUAAAAGUAUUAUUUACUAGAGGUGAAUAUCGCCUCUCUAGGCCUAUAUCAUUUCACGACGCCAUUUCUGCUUGAUUAUGUAGAUAAACUGUAUUAAAUAUCGCAUAGACCGUGUUGUAUUCAGACAACGGGGGAAUUUGGACCCAUUUUCCCAUAUUUUUUGCUACCCUUAAUGACAAUAUUGUAGUAAUAUGGAGGGCAGGGAUUUGUGCUAAGGAACAUCUAUGUAAAAUAAUAUUAUGGUUUUGAUUAAUUAUUUUAGCUAUGGUAUAAGUUAAUUCUGAAACGCAAAUUAAAAUUGUUUAUGAAAUAUUGUGACAAUAACAGGACAUGGGGUCUAACGACAAAGAAUGGAGAAAUAUGAUGGCUAGAACAAUAUUGUUAUCUUUCAUAUUAUAUAUUCUCAGUUCAUAACCAAAAAUAUAGA